UAAUGAUAAUAGUAUCACUGUGCCUUUUAUAAAGGGCACAGUUAUCUUUUAUAAAAAACACUCAACAUAAUGUAUUGCUCGGAGAUAUUUUCAGGGAGCUAAGUUGAAUCCCCGCGCCCUCUAUCGCCAUCUUGGCGUCACGUGACACUGACUCGCUAUCAGUCCGGCCAACGGAGUAAAAGCUCGGUGAAGCCAGUCUGUAGUUCUCUCUUCAAAUUCCAGUUUUCCAGUGAAGUAGAAACUGUAUCUGUGGCAAAUUCAUUCAAGAACAGGAAGAGACAUGAAGCCAUUCUCCGAGGACUCAUGGGAUAAUGCCCCAAGUCCGGAAAUCAUCAAUAUAAUGAAUGAAGAAUGUGACGAUGAACCUGAAUUUUACCUGACUGACAGUGAUGCAAUUGGAGACCUGGAUGCUGAUGACGUAGACCCUGGCCCAUCUACAAAUGAAAGGCACCCUGUUGAGAAUGCCAAUGAUGAAUACAUCUUAAUUCUAUGUGACAGUAUUCGCUAUGCUCAGACUCACGGUGAAGAUCACAACCAGGCAUCGGAAGAUCCAGAGCAUGUUAUUGGUAUGGCCCUGCAUGUGAACGAAAACUCUGGAGGCAAUUUCACAGAUCUACAGCAAAGCCUUGCGACAGAGAUGAACCCAUACGAUGAAGACAUAAAUUCUGACCAAUCUACAAGUGACAGAAUUCCAGAUGAAAAUGUCAGCGAAGAUCUAUAUGAGUGUAUUCAGUAUUCUCAGACUCACCAUGAAGAUAACCAGGACUCUGGAGACAGUUUCACAAAUGGACAUCUGAGCCCUGAAACCAAAAGAAACCCCAACUCUGAAGACAUAAAUGAAAGAAUCCCAAGUAAUGAUUUAUGUGAGGCUCGGAAUACUUAUUCUCACCAUGAGGAUGAGGACCAGAUUGCAGAAAAUCCAGAGCAAGGUUUGCAUGGUUCCAAUAUCAUAAGUGAUAUUCCUGGGCAUUCAAGGGCCAAUAUUGACGAAACCGACAACUUGACAAUUGAAAAGCUCCAGAAAGGAACCAAUGAAGGGCGAAAAAGGAAACAUGAAUCAGAGGAAAGGAAUGGAGAGCCUUUUAAACGCCAGUGUAGAGAGAUUAUUCAGGCUGAUAGCUCUAGCACAGUUAGUUCUCCUAGCCAUUCCUCAGUCGGUGUAGAUACUUUCAGAAACUUACAGUAAAAAAAUAAAUUGCCUGAUGAUUUUAUCAUCAUCAUUGGUUAAGUUCAGAGCGCAGAAUUUCCUGUUGCUCUCAUUUCUGAGCAGCUAGCAGACUUGUGCACUCGCCACCAAGUCUGACACGCUCCGCCCGCUCAUGCUCCACGCCCCGUGAUCAAUCACAGGGCGUAGAGCAUGUACGUGCGGAACGUUUCAGACUUGGUGGCGGGGCCAUUGUUAUGCUAGCAAGGAAAUUCCAAGUAAGGGAGGUGUAAGGACGAAAGAAGAGGGAUAGCGAAAGGCGGAGCUCAAAGUGUUUUGACAUGAUCUAGCAUGGUUGUUAUGCCACGUGGUGUUCGGUUGGGAUGCACAGCCGCCAAGCGAUGCCGCCUCGCCGGAAAGAGAUUGGACAAGUGAGGCCCUUCUUGCACGGAAAAGUAGUGUGUGUGUGUGUGUGUGUG